UUCUUAAAUUUUAAGCAAGAGAAAAGACCUCAUAUAUAAAACCUUAAGAAAACCAGCAGAGAGAAUAGAGCAGUGAUAAGGGACGGUGGGAUGGGAUUUUGUUUUACGAAGAGAAGAAUAUGAGGUGCUAUUUUGCUGAGCUAGGCGCGAAAAUAUAGGCAUCAACUGUUCAUGUGAUAGCUGGCAUCUAAUUUGCUGAGCGAAUCAAUUAGUGUGACAGAGGGGUCACAUGCAGGAAGUAACCCCUGGUAAAGGCGGGUUUAUGGUUAUCACAUUAACUUUAAUUAAUCCUGUUGUAUAAAUUAGCUUCAAAAUAAUUGUGUUCAGCAAUGAAUUGGUUUUAGAUUAACAUUUAUUCUUCAGUAUAUUUAUGUUCCAUGAUUCUUAAGGUGUUUCGAUACAGUUUUUCAAAGGCCAUACCGAUAUUUUUCAAUCGCUUUAAACGUGAUUUUAUCCUUGUCUGAUCGCUAUAAAAUUUUCACCAAUGAUCGUGUAUCGAUUGAAAUUUGUCAAAAAAUAGGUUUUAGUUAAAUCGAUAUUACUAUGACAACAGUAAGCAAAAAACUUUGAAACUGAUAAACGCAUAAUUUUGUGCGAUCUAGACCAGUUACUGAAAAUCCAACACUAGGAACUUAAAGUUUAGUGUUUAGCAAAUAACCUCCGUAAGAAGUAAAAAAUUCUGUAAGUCUGAAUUCGCCUAGAACGAAAAUAUAUUUCAAACCUUAAAUUUUCAAUAGCCGUGAUAGAUUAUUUAAUGAAAAAAUUAUAUAUGACUCAUAUUAGUCAAAGUGCUGCUUAAUAUCGUACUAGUCAUGGAGAUAUGUGUAGUGCGCAUUAUUUUGGAAAAAUUAGCAUAACGUCAAAACAGUGAAUGUUGUAACGCAGAUUUUUGACAGUUUCGUAGGAUAGGUUUGUCUUGAAAUUUUAAUUAAUCUCAGUGAAAGUCUCAGACCUUAUUAUAUACAUUAGGAAGAUUAUGUGAAGAGAUUUUUUAAAAAAUUCGUUCGAGUGGUUUCAGAGAUAUACAAAAAAGCGCUAAAAGUGCUAAUUUUGAACGAAGCUGCACUUAUACGGGUGGUGAGAAAACGGGCUAGUUUUCAAGAUGGCAAGAACGAAAAUACACCAAAAUUUCCUAGCAUCAAAAUAUGACCUUAAGCAUCAUUCUGACGCUACUUUAGAUUAAUUUGAGUCAUUUAUAAUGUUUUUAUUAAAUAAACUGUCACGGCUAUUGAAAAUUUAAGGUUUGAAUUUUUUUUUCGUUUUAAUCGGAUUCAAACAUACAGAAUUUUUACUUCUGACGGAGAUUGUUUGCUAAACACCAAACUUUAAGUUCCUAGUGUUGGAUUUUCAGUAGCUGGACUAGAUCACGCAAAAUUGGGCUUUUAUCAAUUUCAAAGUUUUUUGUUUAUUGUUGUCAUAGUAAAAUCGAUUUAACUUUUUAAACUACACUUUCACAAAUUUCAAUCCAUAGCCAAUUGCUGGUGAACAUUUUAUAGCGAUCGGACAAGGAAAACACUACUUUAAAGGCGAUUGAAAAAUAUCGCUAUGGCCUCUGAAAAACUGUAUCGAAACACCUUAAUCGAAAACUACCUCAAAAAUUUGAUCGAUUGUGGAAAGGUGGUUUUCAAUCAUGAAAGUUUCCUGCUGAGGAUUUCGUUUUGCCCAAGCCAAACCUGUUUUUGGUCUUUCGUCCUUCAAAAACGCUCCCUGCUUUUAAUAUAUUUUGCUGAAACAAACGACCACGCAAUACCUUUUUUUGUCAGUGCAAAAAUCCUACCUUUACAGUCUCUACAGGGUGUUUCAAAAGUUCGUUCCGAUUGUUAAUUGGAUUUUGCGCAAAGCAUUUAAUGCUUCUUUAGGCAAAUGUAAACUGAUUCAGGUAAGAAAUUUAUCUAAAUAACCGUUCAAAGCAAUUUCAAACUAAAAUUUGAAGAAAUUAUAAUUUUUUUUUAAUUUUUGCCCCAACUGUACACGUACGCGAGGUUUUUCCCGCCAUACUUUUCCUACCCAUUUUGUAGGUUUUCUAUUUUGGUAUUUUUAUCGUUGUAUUUUAUUUUUUCUACUCCUUCAUGAAAAUGAAGGCCUACCUUGUUUGUGCUAGAGCUCAGGCAUCUAUUUUUAUGGUCUUCUGGUCAUCAAGUCCGAAAAAAAUUGCCAAAUUGUUGGAGAAGUCUGAACGACGACCGAACAAGAGGUCAAAAGUAAAGACCUUUGAAGACGAACCAAGGAGUGGAUGGCCGUUUUUUCACAAACUGUGUGAGAAAUAUUAUCGAAAAAGCUGUAAGUUUAUGCGUAUAAUAAUUCCACAAAACAGAAAGGUAAAAAAAAUUUCAACUUCACAUUAUAGAUCAAAGUUUCGAGCACAACGGUAUGGGGUUAAGUUUCCAAAAAAAGUUGGAACUUGAAGUCUUGAAGAGAAAGAGGCGGUGCACACUUCAUGCAAGCAUGGUGUCAGAAGGAUUUGCCAACUUUUCACCAAAGGAGGACCGGCCGGUAAACUCACGCGAUGUGAACCCCCUAGAGACUAUCUGGAUUGUCGUAGACGAGACAACAUACAAAGAUCCAGCCCCCAAAACACUGGUCGAGCUAAAAUAGUGACUACGUUUCGCCUGGAAAUAUGUGACUUCAGACACGCUUUGGGAGCUCGUACAUUCUUUACCUCACCGCUUAGAAAAUGUCAGAAAACAUAAAAGAAGACAUUGUCGUUACCAAAAUUUCAGUUAUUCAAUGCUAAAUAAAUAAUGAGUAACAUACUAAGUUUUACAAAAGGGUUUUUUUUAAUAAUUAGUGAAAUUUAAGCGAAUAAAAAAUCGGAACGAACUUUUGAAACACCCUGUAUAUUAUGAAUCCGUUUGUAGUCUUAUGUAUGAUGUAAAUAAAAACACUGCUCCGGAUAAUAUUUUGAAACUCUUCUCUCGAAUUUCUAAUGUUCAUACUUACAACACACGUGCCUCAUCCUCUGAACAUUUUUAUACUAAAGAAUCUCGACUCAAUGUCAAACGAAAUGCUUUUUCGCGUGUUGGGGUCAAAACUUGGAAUGGGAUACCUCAAAUUCUUAAAGAAAGACCGAAAAAAGCUUUUAAAAGAUCACUAAAAAAUGCUACUCGAUAUCCUUGAAACUGAAGACUCCUAUAUUGAUGUGGAUACGAUCAUUGUGAAAACGAAAAAGUAAUUCUCUUGUCCUUUAUUUUCAUUUUAUUUUAUUUUUAAAAUUUCACUUUAAUAUUGUCCUUGCAUUUAAGGAGAAUAGUAUCUAUUUAAUGUAAAAUAUAUAUACUUAUAUAACGUCUAAUUUCUUUGUAUUUGUCUAGUUUGUAGUAAAUUAUGUAGCCUGGUCUGCCUCGAAUAGCCUCGCUAAUUGCAGGCCAGUCCCAAUGUAUCUUUUGUUAUAUUGUGACAGCGAAACGUCUUCUUUAGGAAAUGAAAAUAGUAGUUACUAGUUUAGCAAAUAUUCAUAAAAUGUGUAUCAGUAAGUGUUCCCCUAACCACUGUCCAGUCAAUGUAAAUUGUUCGAAAUAUCUUUGUAGACGCCAUGGCCGACAGAGGGGAUUUGAUUGGUUGCACAGUUAGGUUUGACUUGGCAAAAGAUGGGAAAGUUCCAGUUGUGUUUUCUUUAAACGGACGACAGAUCACAUGGAACGAGAUAUCCAUGGAUUACACCCAUAAUGAGAAAUUUCUUUAUCCUUAUAUUGGCAUGGGAAACCAGGGGUUAAGAGUGCUUGCCAAGGUCAGUAUACUUUCUUAA